GCGCCACAAGCACGCAUUCAUAAUCGUUGCAGCCACGAGGACAGACUGAAGGUUACCUGCUUCAACAGUGCUUGAACGGCAACCGAUCUUCUGUCUUUUCGCUUUUUUCAUCCAUCAGAUUCUUUGAUUUCACUCAUUUUGUUUUCGGUCAAAAUCGAAAAUUAGAUUUAAAGACGCUUGCUUUAAACAAUUAUACACGAACCAGCGUCGUUGACCAUCUGUGAAUCAGAAAAGCCGUAAAACCGAUCUCAAGAAACAUGAGCUCUCAGGUGAGACAGAACUUCGAGGAGGCCUGCGAGGCGGCCAUCAACCGUCAGAUCAACAUGGAGCUGUAUGCGUCCUACGUUUACCUUUCCAUGUCAUACUACUUUGACCGAGAUGAUCAGGCCCUGCACAACUUUGCAAAGUUUUUCCACCAUCAGUCCCACGAAGAGCGGGAACAUGCUGAAAAACUGAUGAAGUUUCAGAACCAGAGGGGAGGGAGGAUCUUUCUGCAGGACGUUAAGAAACCAGAGAAGGACGAGUGGGGAAGCGGUUUGGAAGCUCUCGAAUGCGCCCUGCAGCUGGAGAAGAGCGUCAAUCACUCCCUCCUGGAGCUGCAUAAGCUGGCUUCUCAGCACAACGACCCUCAUAUGUGCGACUUCAUUGAGACACACUACUUGGACGAGCAGGUGAAGUCCAUCAAAGAACUGGCUGACUGGGUGACCAACCUGCGCCGCAUGGGCGCCCCCCAGAACGGCAUGGCCGAGUACAUGUUCGACAAGCUGACACUUGGCAAAGAGAGCAGCUAAAUAUUCCGCCCAUCUUUUCCUUUGCUGAUUAGUUUUGCUAUGAGUGUUUAUUUACCUAUAUGCCAUCAAGACUCUAUUUUAUGUUUGACUAGCUGGUCAAGCUGUGUAUCCAGUUAUUUAAGCAGGAAAAACCUCUUAGCUUGUUUGACUCUGCCAUGCUUCGCUGUUUAAAGUCGCACUUCUCAUAAGCCAUUGUACUCUUUAUCUAUAGCUCGUUCACAUUUUGACCUGCCUGCAUGUGAUGUGUGAUUAUCAAUGAAGUUAUGCUCCAAACCAAUAAAAUAGAAACCUCUGGGAUCUGAA